AUGCAACUUUCUUCCCUAUCGAUGUGUCAAGAAACAUCAAAAUAUGAAAAACUUCCAAAGCCAAAGGUGCCACCUCAGUUUCAUAUAUCGCCUCAAAAGAAACCAAUUUUCUCCCAAUAUAUAUAUGAUGACAUACCACCACCUAAAAUGAAAAAAGCUUCGAAGCCGCUUACACUUCCUGGUUUUAAUAAUAACGUAAAGAGGCGUACCACGGUUAAACCAGGUCUCCAAAUAUUUAUGGAUACCCCUGCUAAUGGUACAACUACUACAGCGAGGCAAGACACGCCAAAACUAAUCAAACAUUCAACAAAUAUUCAACAAGAUACAUCGGCGUCAGAUGUGGCGUCCAAAACUGAAGCGAAAGUAAAAUCUACAGAUGUUAAUAUUCCAAAUAGACUCAGUCCAACUAUCAUGCUGGAUUCAAACUCAGAAUUAUCUACAGAAAGUGACAUGAAAGAUAAAAUAUUAAAACAGAAAAAACUGAUAGAAAUAGAUUUGAAAUCCUUACAGGGAUUGCCAAUGAAAGGGUUUUCUGAAAGAAAUGCGAAGUUUUAUGUCCAAUUCAAAUAUGGUGAUAUAAAAUAUAAGGCCAAGGCAUCUGUUGGAGCUGAUAAAAAAUCACUGAAUUUUAGCAAGCAAGUUAGCAUACCAUUUAACGAGAUUGACGAUAAACUAACCAUGUCAUUAAAUUGUCAAUAUAGGAAAUUAAAGACCUACAUUGAAGAGACAGUAAUAAAGAUUCCCAUGGAUAAAAAUCUAAGUAUUGGUAAAAAGCACUAUAAAAUGCAAAAGAAAUUUACCCAAAAGGAUUUAGAGUAUGAUCCCUGGGAAUUGAUCAUCUCACCUGAGAAUAUCGUUGGUGAGGGGGAAAUUGAUCUCUGUAAAAUCAAAGAUACCAAAGCUACCAAAGAAAUUGAAGUUAGUCUAAUGAAUGGCUGGACCAAGAAAACGAAAUCUUUAAAAUCUGAACCGAAAACCAGUUAUGAAAUAUCAAAAUUAAUACUUAAUAUCAGAAUUGCAUCUUAA